GUUUCAGAUUACGUUGAAACUUCAAACUGUUCGCUUGUAAUUUUUACUAUUCCCGCGAUCCUUAGAAUUUAAGUAUACCUCAAGAAGAAAAUAAGACUUGAAAAGAAAGGUUUUAAAAUUUAUUGACAUAUAUAUCAUAAGUGUCAUUACACCACCUAAGAAAACAAAGUCAAUGUGUUAUAAGUUUUUAAAAAAAGAAGAAUAAAUUAUUUACAAUAGUAAGUCGUGAGUCAGUUUUUAAAAGAAGUGAGAGAGAAAAAUGUGUAACUAAAACCAUAGCUCAGGUCNAAGUCUUGACGAUCAUAAUUCGCAUACAACAUCAGAUGGUUGCGAUGUUUUAACCAGAAUUCUCUUUAUUUUAAGUGUGAUGACGUUGAGAAAGGUUUAAAACAUCAAUACAUUCAAACUAAAACUUAUAACAAUAAUGAGAGUGAAGAAAUAAACUCCACAAACAAGUUAGUGGACGGCAGUGGAUCAGUCAACAUUUCAGUUUACUUACGACGGGGUCUCAAAAUAGUCAGCUCAUUGAUAGUUAUUUCGUUGGCCUCAAUUUUCGCUUUGUAUAUGGAUAAUCUGAUUUAUGCCGCUAUCAGCUUCUUUGUAGCAAUUGUUAGUAUUCUCUUCAUCACUGGAAAAUGGAGAUGGUUCUAUAUCGCUGCUGUUACAGGUCCUCGAGACUUGACAGCUGUGAUUCGUUUUAUACGACUGUUGCUGUUUGUUAGAAAACUGGGAAGAAAAAAUACAUCAAUUUGUGAUCUUUUUGAAGAAAAUUGUAAAAAAUACCCUAACAAAGCUUGUCUGGUGUUUGAAGGUCGAGAAUGGACUUUUAGCGAGAUAAAUGAUUUCAAAAAUCGAAUUGCUAACGUUUUUCAUCAACAUGGAUUUAAACAUGGUGAUAAAGUUGCUUUACUUAUGGAAAAUCGACCAGAAUUUGUUGCAACAUGGCUUGGACUGUCUAAACUUGGUGUUGUAGUACCUCUUAUUAAUCACAACCUUAAGAAGCAAUCUCUCCUCCAUUCUAUUAAUAUAGCAGGGUGUAAUGGUUUAUUAUUUGGAGAAUCUCUUCUAGAAUCUGUUGAAGAUAUUUAUAGUCAACUCCCUUCUAAUCUUGUUUGCUUUCAAUUCAACGAUGAAAUCAAUCUUCCAGUAUAUAAAAAUUCAAAAGAUUUGCAGACUUUAUUGGCACAAGUAUCACCGGAUCCACCACCGAAUGAUAAAAUUAAAAAGCCUAGUCAUCAUGAUGAACUUGUUUACAUUUAUACUUCGGGUACAACUGGACUUCCUAAAGCUGCAGUCAUAACACAUUCGAGAUAUAUUUACAUAGCUUCAGCGAUUCACAUAGUUGCCGAUUUCUGGGAUAAAGAUGUUUUUUAUAGUCCUUUGCCAUUAUAUCACACAGCAUGCGGAUGCAUGGCGAUUGGUCAAAUGCUUAUCUUUGGCUCGACAGUAGUUAUCAAAAAGAAGUUUUCCGCUUCAGCUUUCUUUUCCGAUUGUGUAAAAUAUAAUGCAACGAUUGCACAAUAUAUUGGAGAAAUGUGCCGCUAUUGUCUAUCAACACCUGGCCAACAAACUGACACAACUCAUAACCUUCGAAUGGUAUUUGGAAAUGGAUUGCGGCCACAAAUUUGGCCACAGUUUGUUAAGCGCUUCAACAUUCCUCGUGUCUGUGAGUUUUAUGGUGCAACUGAAGGCAAUGCAAACAUUGUCAAUGUAGACAAUGUUGUAGGUGCAAUUGGUUUUGUUUCAAGAAUCAUUCCAGCAGUUUAUCCGAUUUCUAUCAUCAAAUGUAACCCUGACACUGGUGAACCAAUUCGUGACCGUAAUGGUCUAUGUCAGCUUUGUGAACCGAAUGAACCUGGAGUGUUCAUAGGUAAAAUAAUUCCAAACAAUCCAUCUCGAGCUUUUCUCGGAUAUGUUGAUAAAAGUGCUUCAAAUAAGAAAAUUGUUUAUGAUGUUUUUAAAAAGGGAGAUUCAGCUUUCAUAUCUGGUGAUAUUUUGACAGCUGAUGAACGUGGCAAUUUGUUUUUCGUUGAUCGAACUGGUGAUACAUUCCGAUGGAAGGGAGAAAAUUGCAGCACAAGUGAAAUAGAAGCACAAGUAAGCAACGAAGCUGGUUACCGUGAUUGUGUUGUUUAUGGGGUGGAAAUAGUAAAUAUGGAAGGACGAGCUGGGAUGGCAGCAAUAUCUGACCCUGAAAAGAAUUUACACUUGAAAACAUUGAGCGAGAACUUACGCAAAGCUUUGCCAAGUUAUGCACGCCCACAGUUAUUGAGAAUUCUUGAGAAAAUUGACAUGACAGGAACAUGUAAGCUUAAGAAGUUAGAUCUUCAAAAGGAAGGAUUUAAUCCCAAUGUAGUCAAUGAUAAACUAUAUUUUCUCAAUGCUAAAAAUAGCGAAUACGAAUUGUUAACACCUGAGAUUUAUGAAAAAAUUCUCAAUCAAGAAGUGCGUUUCUAGUUCUUUAUUGACUCAUUUGUUUGUUUUAAUUCAUCCUCAACUUCUUUAACGUUUAAUCUUUGAUGGUAGCUUUUAUGCUUUUAAAAAUAAAUUAGGUAUAAUAUCUAAUGUAGAUAACUUUCUUUUCUCUCUGGUGAAACCCUUUGAUCUUAUCUUAUCCACUUUUUAUUCAAAAUGAUUUAUAGAUAUUGAUAUUGUUUUUACUUAAAAUUUGGUUAAUGAAAUGCAACGUUAAUAAAGGAUAUUUUUAAUAUUAUAUAUUAAUAUUAACUACCUAUACAUUUAAAUAUGAAUUUUAAUUUUUAUGACAUUGAAUCUUAUGAAAAAAAAGAAACUUAAAUUCUUAUAUUCAAAGUGAUUCAACUCUCAUUUGAUGCUUUUUGAUUCAUAAACAUGAUGUCUGGAUUAUUUCAUAUUUACAUAAGUAUAAAGAAAAAAAUUUUAAACAAACAUUUUUUCCAGUUUCCUUUUUUAAAUCAGAGUUAAGCAACUUAUGUA